AUGUGGAGACCUCUGUCCGCGAUCGUCUUUCUUUUGGCGAUCGUUAAUCCGCUGGCGGAGGCGUCUCGUCUCAGUUCUGACCAACUUCAACUGGAUGACUACCUCGACUACGAUGGAGUGAUGCAGUACCUGGAUCAGCUGGCACGAGCAUAUGCCGAUCGGAUCACAUUAAAGGACAUGGGUCGAACGGUCGAAAAUCGUUCCCUGAUACUCGCCAUGGUAACAAACGGAGAUGGGCGUCUGGGAAAGAGGGUGAUAUUCAUGGAUGCCGCUCUGCAAGCCAACGCGUGGAUGACCCCCGUGGCCGCCCUCUAUACCAUCUAUAAGUUGGUGGUGGAGUUCGAGGAAAAUGCCGAUCUUCUGGCCGAUUUCGAUUGGCACAUUAUGCCACUGGCGAAUCCGGACGGUUACGAGUACUCUCGCAAAACGAAUACUAGGUGGAUGAAAACGAGGACACCGAAUGGCGGCAACUGCAACGGCACCGAUCUCGACAGGAAUUUUGAAGUGGGCUUUGGACUCGGUUUUUGGGAAAUAAGAGGUCCUUGCGAAGACAAUUAUGCGGGCUAUGCACCAUUCUCAGAGGUGGAGGCACGUACAGUGCGCGACAUAAUGCACAGCCUGGUAAAAAGUGAGCGAGGAGUCAUGUAUCUUUCCCUGCACAAGUCCCACCGUUCGGUUAGCUAUCCUUGGGUCUAUGACAGUACACCGGUUCCUAAUCAAGGGGAACACAUUGAAAUUGGCAAGUUCGUGGCCGAUAAAAUAUUAGAAAGUACUGGUAAGGCUAUAAAUAUAUGGCCGGGAAUUAUAUAUGGUAGAGAAUCCGGUGGUACUAGCAUCGAUUACGCCUUUUACAUAGGAUUUCCCUUAUCGUUUGUCUUCAAUAACGGGGUUUUUUCAACAACCUCGAAGAUUCGCCGCGUAGCUGAUGAAUCGUGGACGGGUAUACGAGCCUUUGGCAAGAAGGCCAUUGAAAAGUAUCCACCAUCCAGGCCAAUACAUCAGUCCGAGGAACACAGACCUACCAAAAAUUCAGCAUCACGGAAUUGGGACUUAGCUCCCGUGGUUGGAACAACUACGCUGCUUUUUCUCUAA